AUGUUCCAACUUACGGCUUCCAAGUCUCCCGCUUUAAGGCUGCUCUUGACUGCCCAGCCUAUGGGUAUCCGCACUUUCACUUCGACUUCUCAUCGCAAUUAUCUAUCUUCCAUGAGACGCGCCCCGUACUUAGCAGCAGCAGUAUCUGGUGUCAUAUUGGCUCUUACCUAUGUAGCUGUUCCAAAGACCAGUACUGUUGUUCUUGCUGAUAACGGUUCCCGCUCUUUUUCUUCCUCUGCUGGUCCUAACUCUCAGCAACAAUUGAAGCAACAAAUCACUUUACUCUCUGAUACACAAGAAAAUGCCAAGCUUAGACGUAAUGAAGAAAGUUAUUCUGUCAACCGUAACAAUGGGGUCCUUAGGUACGACAUUUCUCAGUUGCCUUCUAAUAAUCCGAUUGAAGACGACAGAUCCGAACAAAUUGUUGAAGUGCCUAUCCAGAAUCCCGAAACUGGUAAAUUGGAAAUGGCCGAUUGGGCAUUUUGGGGUGUAUAUGAUGGUCAUUCUGGUUGGUAUACUAGCGCAAAAUUGAGGGAUGAACUCAUUGGUUGUGUGGUUACUGAAUUAAGUUCUGUGUAUAAAGUAUCUGAAACCGAACCUAAAGCUCGUGUUGUUCCAUCUUCAGAAGAAAUCGACCAAGCAAUCAAGAAAGGUUUCCUCAAACUCGACAAUGAAAUCAUUUAUGGGAAUGUUACUAAUGCGUUAGAACAUGCUGAUGAUAAGCCUAAAGCUGCUGAAUUUUUGAUGCCUGGUCUUUCUGGUUCUUGUGGUUUGCUUAGUUUUUAUGAUUCUACCACUCAAAUUUUGAAAGUUGCCGUUACUGGGGAUUCUAGGGCUUUACUCGGUUCUUUAAAUGAAAAAAACCAGUGGACAGUUAAGUCUUUGAGUAUUGACCAAACAGGUUCCAAUCAAGAAGAAGCUGAUAGAAUUAGAAGUGAGCAUCCAGGGGAACCUAAUGCAGUCACCAGGGGCAGAGUCCUUGGUAGACUUGAACCAAGUAGAGCGUUUGGUGAUGGGAAAUUCAAAUGGGGUGCAGAAUUACAAAAGAAAAUUCAUAAGCAAUUUUUCAGCUAUCCACCUCCAGGCAACUUAAAAACUCCACCAUAUGUCACUGCUGAACCAGUAGUUACCACCACAAAAAUCAAUCCAUCCAGAAAUGAUUUCUUGGUGUUGGGUACUGAUGGUCUCUUUGAACUUUUAACUAACGAGGAAAUUGCUGGAUUGGUCAUUAAAUGGGCUGAGAAAAGGAAAAUUUUCAAGGAUCAUACAUCUUCAAUGUUGUCAUCCUUCAAUGUAUUCAAGGAUGAUAAGAGCUUGGGUUUCCCAAAAGUCAUUGAUAUUACUGAAAAUAAGGCUGCUUUGAAACCCCCUUACCGUGAAAACACCCUUAGCGAAAAAAAGUUGAUCAUUGAGGAUGAAAACGUUUCAACUCAUUUAGUUCGUAAUGCUUUGACUUUAGGUACUGGUGAUCGUAAUUAUGGUAAAAUGCUCUUGAAUAUUCCUUCCCCGCUCUCUAGACGUUACAGAGAUGAUCUAACUGUCGUAGUGGUUUUCUUUGGUGAAAAUGGCCAAGUGGAUGAAACUAGUCAACUAAAAAUAAAUUUGGAAGCUACCAGAGGAGGCGAGGUCAAAGCUAAAUUGUAA